GGGUCAAUAUAUCCAAUUUUUUGAGACUCAGGGCAUUCGGACCUAUGAGAGUCUAUAUAUACGACUUGAUUUUUUAUCACUUUAUUGCUUAUUCGGCAUCCCUCGACCGAGCAGUCUGAACUCUGAAGCAAAGAGAGAGCUGGAGAGAGAGAGAGGCGGAGGCUGAGGAGUAGGAUAGCGAUGGAUCGGAAUCCGCCAGUGAGGAAGUCGCACUCCUACACGGCCGAUCUGCUCACUUGGUCCGAGACGCCGCUUCCGGCAGCUGAUCAGGCGACGCCGCCGUCCCGGCGGACUCUCAAGCCCACAGGCGGGAUCAGCCCCGUGAUGUUCGGAGCGCAGCUGUCGGCGGAGGAGGCCGAGAGCCUGAGCAAGAGAAAACCUUGUUCAAGUUCAAAACUGAGGGAGAUGACUGGAAGUGGUAUCUUUGCAGCUGAUGGUGAGCAUGAGAUGACAGAAUCUGGUAGUGUUCUGUUGAAUUCAAAUAAUAAGACGAGUGUGAGAAUUCAGCAAGCAGCUAGUGCAAUUAGCCAGAUCUCGUUUAGCGCCGAAGAGACAGUUUCUCUAAGGAAGCCAACUUCCAUUGCUGAGGUAGCAAAGCAACGAGAGCUAAGUGGGACAGUUGAAAGUGAAAUAGAUGCUACAGCUAAGAAGCAGCUCUCUCAAGCCAAGUCCAAAGAGCUUAGUGGACAUGACAUAUUUGGUCCUCCACCUGAGGUUCCAACCAAGCCGUUAGCUGCAAGGAAUUUGGAACUUCGGGGUAGCUUGGAUUUCGUCUUGCCACAACCUCAAAGCAUACAUACAUCUGUAAAAGUAUCUAAGCCGCCUGGCGGCCCCAGUGAUAUCGCAUCGAAUGAGGAAUCUGUCACAAAGACAAGGAAGAUCCACACUCAAAAGUUUCAAGAGCUGUCAGGCAAUGACAUAUUCAAGGAAGACGCACCGCCACGGUCAGCCGAGAAGCCACUCAGUAUGGCAAAGCUUAGGGAGAUGAGCGGUAGCGAUAUCUUUGCCGACGGAAAAUCUGCCUCCCGAGAUUACUUCGGUGGUGUUCGCAAGCCCCCUGGUGGUGAGAGCAGCAUUGCUCUGGUCUGACUACUCUGACCUAUGUACUAGCAAGAGUUUGGCUUUCUAAUUAAACACCCCAUAAGCUUGAUUGUACUAGUGUGUGGUUUUGACGUCUUACAUUGAGAUUGAUCAUGAUAAACUUGACCCAAAAGAUGAAACUUUCUUGAUGGAUUGGUUUUCUACGUUUAAUGUUGUAAUUAUUUUAACUUUGCAACAAUUACAUUGGUUUGGUAUUGUAAUUGUUACAAAAUAUAUUGCCGGAGAUUAUUUGGAAAAA